GGCACCUGGACGGGACGGACACGGACGGAGGGAAGGAGGGAAGGACGGGCGCGCUGCUGCCAGCUCUGAUGGGCCCGAGGGGGCGACCGGCGGCGCUGCUGCUCCUGCUGGCGCUGGCGGCGCUCAGGACCGGAGCAGAAAGGAGUUUGGGAAAAGCGUCAUCGCGGAACCGCCGAGGGGUCAUCCAGCUGGCGGGGGCCGUCCAGUGCACCACGGGGCGCACCCCGUUGGCCUACCUGCACUACGGCUGCUACUGCGGCUUGGGAGGGAGCGGCUGGCCCAACGACAGAGUGGACUGGUGCUGCUUUAAGCAUGACUGCUGCUACUCAAAGGCCGAGAAGGAAGGCUGUGGCCCCAAGACGGAGCCCUAUAACUGGACGUGCGAGGACAACGAGCCCCAGUGCGAUGAUCUGGAGGACAAGUGCCAAAAGCUGUCGUGUGAAUGUGACCGGGAAGCAGCCACAUGCCUGGCGAAAGCCCCCUACCACCUCAGGUACAUCUUCUGGCCAGAGUCCAUGUGCGGAGCCCACAGUCCCAAGUGUAAGGAUGAUUGAGACAGACUCUCACGUCGGCUCAGCAUCACGCAGGCACGGGACGUUUCCCAACCGAGAGUUGGAAACAUUUCACCAAUCAAAACCAAGCGCCUCUUGAUUUCUUCCGGGCUGGGCGAGGCCCAGAUGCCUCUGCCGCUCACAACUCUCCUGGCAAAACCACCAUUCUGAAGGCCAGGACUGUAAGGGAUCCCCAGGGGUUGUCUGGACAGCCAAAAGGUUGACCCCACAAGGAGGAGGAGGAGGAGGAGGACGCUUCAAAACCAGCAAGUCUGGUCAAGUUGCAUGAAGCUCAAUCCCAACUCCUGGCACCCCUCGUCUCAACUGAGUGAGCGACAGUCCAUGGUUUAUUGUAAAGCCCGGGUGAGUUCCAGAUCAAGGGGUCACCCAGAGUUUGCUUGUAUCUGAAAAUGCCCAGGUGAAAAACAGACACGGCUUGCUUUCUGCAGCGGUGAAACACAAA